AUUUAUCAACUAUCGUUCGUCGCAACACGUGACCUGUCCGCACUGCGGCUUCGGCUUCAUCCGAGGUUAUUCGACAUGGCCGACGCAGCGCCCGGACAGAAAGAUCCCAUUGCAGAUGUGGAAAAGUCUCGUAAUGAAACACCAAAACAAAACUACCCGGAAGCAUCACCGCACGCAGUGAAGCCAAGCGACCCUCCGGAUGGCGGACUGCAGGCUUGGAUGAUCGUCGCUGGCGGAUGGUGUGCGAAUUUCGUUAGCGUAGGAUGGAACAACUCGGUCGGCAUCUUCCAGACCAUAUACGAGAAAGAGCUGCUGAGUAGCUACUCUUCAAGCUCUAUCGGAUGGAUCAAUUCACUCCAGGCAUUCGUGAUGUUCGCCUCGGCGCCGGUCUUUGGGAAGGUCUUUGACUCAUACGGCCCGCGUUAUUCGAUGAUUGCAGGCUCUCUUUUGCUUGUGCUUGGUAUCAUGAUGAUGUCUCUGUCAAAGGAGUACUAUCAGUUUAUGCUGGCGCAGUCUAUCUGUACUGGUCUCGGCGCUGCCGCGGUCUUCUUUUCUUCAUCGAACACGAUCGCGACAUGGUUCAAGAAACGCAGAGCUCUGGCAAUAGGCAUCGCCUCGUCUGGCUCGGCCAUUGGUGGUGUGGUCAUCCCUAUUAUGGUCAACCACCUGAACAAUGAAGUCAAUUUUGGUUGGGCCCUGCGGGCUGUCGGCUUCCUCUUCUUGGGCUUCGUCGUCGCCGCCAAUUUCUUGACGACCUCGAGAGUCAAUCACGUUCCGAAACGGUUUCACAUCAUGGAUUUCAUCCAUCCUUUAAAGGAGCCGCGUUUCCUGUUGAGCUCCCUUGCGUGUUUCGCAUUUGCUAUAUCGGUCUACCUUCCGGCGACGUUUAUUAUCCUGGAUGCGACUAAACAAGGGGUGGAUCGCAGUUUGGCCAGCUAUCUUUUGGCCAUCCUGAACGCUGUCAGUGCUGUUGGCCGUAUUGUGGCGGGCCGCCUUGCCGACAUGAUUGGCCGCUUCAACUGCAUGAUUAUAAUCACACUCCUCUCUGCUAUCUUCUCGCUCGCACUUUGGAUCCCCGCGGCUUCAACGGCGCCUUUGGUGGUAUUCGCAGCCCUGAUCGGGUUCUCAAACGGCGCCUUUGUCGCCCUGGUCAGUGCCCUCGUCGCGCAGAUAUCCGACAUCAAGGAGAUCGGUACUCGGAACGGGACCAACUGGUUUUUAUACGCCUUGGGAGCGUUUAUUGGCACCCCGGUUGCCGGAGCCCUGAUAGAGCGCGACGACGGCGGGUAUCUUUAUCUGAAGAUAUUCACGGGCGUGGCUGCCUUUGUCGGGACUUGCUUGUGGCUGUCAGAGGUGCAAGAAGAGGUCGUCUCCCAUGGGCAGAAAAUCAAAUGUGACGAGACUAUCCCCAGUUGUAAUCAAUGCACGCGAAAGGGCUUUGAAUGCCCCGGCUAUAAUCGGCCGGUGAAAUGGUCGUCCAAAUACCAGAUCUUGGAUGAGAGCAGCACCGAGCCAAAGAAGAAAGCAAAGGACAUCCCCGGCUUUGCAGAUGGCGCGCGAAAGAUGCAGGCCGCGUUGGCCUCAAUGGAGGAGCAGCAGUCGCCCACAGAAUCAUCGGCCGCCGCGAGACAUCGAUCUGUCUUUAAAGCUGAUGGGCGGCGCACUACUACUCCUGGAAUUCUGAUGACCAGCGAGGAUUCCCUGUCGAGCAGCGGCAAUAAUUCCAGCGUCUCGCCGAUUUCAUUGUUGUCUUCUCCGCUCAGCGCCGAGCUGCCCUUUCGAUCCCCAGUAUCGUAUCGCAGCCAUCAUACUAGUAGUAGUAGUAGCAGCAUCAGCGCCCAAGCAGACCAUAGCAGCGCAGCACAGCACAGGCCGUGGUGGCCCAUCACCAAGACCGGCGUGCCGCGGUUCCUGGAGGACCGAAGCACCGCGCUCUCGCGGCACUAUUUCACGUAUUUCUGCCUGAAUAGUUGCUGUUUUUAUUCCCAAAAGAACUCGUUCCGUGCAGUCGUUGCUGAUCUGAUGCUCACAUCGCCGCUCAUUUAUCACUCUGUGAUGGCGCUGUCGGCGGCUUAUAUGGGUCACCAGCGAAAUGGCAUGAUGACUGCUUCGUUAGAGCACAAGAUCGAGGCCAUUGGCUAUAUGAAAUCCGAGCUCUUGAUGAUCACGGAAGAGAAGCCGUCGAAUCAGGUUGGGCCGGUUCGUGUCGGCCCUGAAGUAUUGAUCAGCUGCAUUCUGUUAGGCUUGACCGAGGCAUGGCAUAACCCAUCCACUCCCCCCAGCAAUCACCUCAAUGGCGCACGGAUAUUGUUCAAAAAUUGGAUUUCAGACAUCAAGAAAUCGUCGAAUACAUCUCUUGCCGUCGCCUGCUCGUCGCCCGCCAGGAGCUUUCUUGUCGGCAUUAUCAGCUACUGGGAAUCCAGUGCAGCCGUCACGAUAACACAGCCGUGCGAAGUGGUCGACUAUCUUGUUCCGUUUUGCGAGCAGGAGGACAUAAAACACAUCUACGUCCACGCGUGGACGGGGAUUUGCACGCCGCUGUUUAUAUAUUGGUCUCAAGCGUGCAAUCUGGGACGCCAUAAGUCGUCGCUCAGACGAGUCUUUCAACAGGUCACCUCGGCCACGAAUCGAGAGCGAAUGGAAUCCAAUCUGGUAGAACGAGCCUGGAAGAUUGAACAGGCCGUGCUGCGAUAUCAAGUGCCCGAGGACGACAAGAUCGAAGACACGGGCGACGAGCUCACGCCCGUGAGCCAUUUGAAAAACCUAGCGCACAUCUAUAAGCUCACAACCUUGCUGGAACUGUACCUGGAUUUCCCGCAGCUACUGCAGGAGCGCUUUUCGGCUGCAGACUGGUCCGAGUCGACCCCGUCGCCGCCGAGUUUCGAGGUUGGCGAUUCACCGAGCUCGGUGCUUGAGAUGUCGGCCAAGAUCAUGGUGACGGCUAUGCAGAUCCUGUCCAUGGCAUCGUUUAUUCCGCCGACCUCUGGUGCGCAUAGUCUCUUGGUUAUCCCGCUAAUCGUCGCUGGAUCCUUGCUACAGCCGGACAAGAUCUAUUCCCUGCUGAGUAAUUCGCAUGGCCUGAGCAGCAACAAUCCAGUAUUAUCUUUAAGCGCCGAGACCCUCGCACUCGCCAGCGAAGAAGGCAGUUAUUUGCGCUGGCGAGAAUUCGUCGUGACGCAGUUCCAUCACAUGGGGCGGCGGCUUGGGCUGAAUACCAUCCAGGGCGCAAUCAGUGUUUUGGGCGAAGUCUGGCGUCGAGCAGACGUCGAUAGAUCGGCGGCCUAUAAUAAUAACGGUCUUCUGGACCUGUCGCGGCCGUUUUUUUACUGGACUGAUAUCAUGACUGAAGCCGAAAUUGGGACGGUAUAUGCAUAG